AUGAGAAAACUGACUUCAGUAAGCCUGUUGUACUUGUUCAGCAAUGUCACUAUUUUAAGGAAAGCUCUUAGAGUGCAUGCCAUAGAGAAUAGGUAUGAACACUAUUUUUUGCACAAUGAUAGUAGUAGGGUAACUAUUCAGUGUAGGAACAGAUGUGGAUGUAAGUAUCAAACAAAGACAAGUAGGAUGCCUUUGUGUACAUGCAAGGGUGGAGUGAAGUGCAAUUUCAAGAUCCAUGCUAUUAAGUUAGUUAGACAGCAGACUUUGCAAAUAAAAACCAUGAAGUUACAGCAUAGAUGUGUGAGAAGCAGGGAGAACAAGAAGGUCACUGCAGAGUUCAUUGCAGAGAGGUACCUUGAGGAGUUCAGAACUAACCCAACAUGGAAGGUAAAGCAUAUCACGGGUAGGGUGCUGCAAGACCUGGGGGUUGAAGUGACCUACUACAGGGCUUGGAUGGCAAGAUGUAGAGCUAAGUUGAUAAUUUUUGGUUCAGCAAGAGAGAAAUAUGCAAGGGUCUGGGAUUAUGGUAAGGCUGUAAUGAAAUACAACCCAGGGUCUUAUUGUAAUGUGGUGGUAGAUGGCAUUGACCACCCUGAGCCUCCCUUGUUUAUGAGAAUGUUUGUUUGUUUAAGGCCUUUAAAAUAUGGGUUCUUGAAGGGUUGUAGGUCAAUCAUUGGGGUGGAUGGCUACCACUUAAAAGGAGCUUACCGAGGCCAGAUUUUAGUUGUAGUGUCCAAAGAUGGAAACAACAGCAUUUUCCCUAUUUCUUGGGCAACAUGUGAGGUUGAAAACAGGGAGAAUUAG